CUCUUCCGGCGCUGGCGGUUCAUGUUCGGCGUCGAGGCCGCGUGAUUUGACAACAAGAAGCCAAGAUGGCCGAGGAAGGCAUUAUUGCUGGAGGUGGAAUGGAUGUUAACACUGCACUUCAGGAAGUGCUGAAAACAGCAUGCAUCCAUGCUGGCUUAGCUCGUGGCAUCCGUGAGGCUAUCAAGGCCUUGGACAAGCGUCAAGCUCAUCUGUGUGUCCUUGCAACCAGUUGUGACGAACCAGCAUAUGUUAAGCUGGUGGAGGCUCUAUGUGCUGAACAUCAGAUCAACCUGAUUAAGGUUGAUGACAGCAAGAAACUUGGCGAGUGGGUAGGCCUCUGCAAAAUAGACAAAGAAGGAAAACCUCGCAAGGUUGUAGGCUGCAGUUGUACUGUGGUAAAGGAUUAUGGCAAAGAAUCAGAAGCUAAGGAUGUCAUUGAAAACUAUUUCAACUCAAAGAAGCAAACUAUGCAGAAAUAAACGACCAGACACAUUUACUGACUUGUUUUUUUUUCAGUGUUGACUGCUUUCUGUUUUUGAUGAGGCAUUCUAUGAAUUAAACUGAUUUAUUG